GCUUUGACAGGAGGAGGGGCUGGGAUCUGCAGAAUUAGAAUUAGGAUGGCUGUGAGUGUGAGCUUUGAAGGGCAAGUUGCUGUCCUUAGAAUGGAAAGAGGAGAGAACAGGUUCAACAUUGAAUUCCUGGAUCAAUUUCUAUCAGCUCUGGAUAAGGUAGAAGGGAACCCCAAUACCAGGGCUCUAGUAACUACAGGAGAUGGAAAGUUUUACUCCAAUGGGCUGGAUCUUGAAGCCAUGUCUACUUAUAAUGAAGAGCAGUUUAAAGAGUUUGACAGGACCUACCAAUUAGCUCAUAAAAGACUCCUAACGUUUCCUAUGGUAACGAUUGCAGCUAUUAACGGUCAUGCUUAUGCUGCUGGAGGCAUAUUGGCUCUUGCACACGACAUCAGGAUAAUGAGAAAGGAGAGGGGAUGGUUCUGUCUUCCAGAGAUUAAAAUUAACAGAUCAUUCACCAUCUCUACCAUGGAGCUGGUAAAGGCCAAGCUCCCUCAAUCGGAGCAGGUCGCCAGUGUCCUAAUGGGACGACGGUACACUGGUCAAGAGGCAUUGGAUGCUGGUAUAAUACAAGGAGUUAUGCCUGGACCCCAGCUGCUGCUCUCUGCCCUCAAGAGAGGGGAAGAGGCUGCUAAAGAGAACUUUGAUAGAAGUACAUUGGGCGAAUUGAAGAAUGCCCUUUAUUUCUCAACUGUUAAGGCCCUUACUGAACCAAAUACGUAUUAUUCCAAACUGUAGACAUGAUCAAUUGAUCAUUUUGAUACAAAAAAUUAGUACAUUUUAA